AUGGAUGACGAGGCCGAUGGCAGCGGCGCCCCGAUGCCAAUGCCCGUGGAAACAACGCCGGCGGCCACCGAUGGCAAGAAGGAGCUGCCGUCCAAGCUCCGGGCCAAGCGCGAGGAGCGAGAGCGCGAUCGGCGCAACAAGCUGCUCCGAAAAGCCGGUGAGCCCGACGACGACGCGAGCAGCAAGCACACCACCAAGAUGGUCGAUCUCACGGCCUCGUCCAGCAAGGCCAAAGACAAGAUCCUGCAUGGCCGGCGCUCCAAGCAAUACAAACUGAAAAACGAAGCCGACAAGCGCAGACUCCACGAGGUGAGCAAGGCGCGGGCCGACGUCGAAGAAGGCGACGACGACACGGACGACGAGAAGGUCCGGCGGGCCGAAGCGCGCAAGUUUCUAAUGAAGUACGACGGCGACAUUUGGGCGGCGACCAAAACGGGCAAACUCGACGUGCUCCAAAAGUACUUUCUCAUCGAGUCGCCUGCCAAACUGCUUGUAUUGCACAACCGUGACGUUGACGAAGGCCGCCGGACACUACUGCACACGGCCUGCUGGUGGGGCCAUGUGGCCGUGGUCGAGUACCUCUUGCGUAUGGGCGCCGACGUGGACGCCGUCGACAGCGUGCUGAGCAAAACGACGCCGCUCAUCGAGGCGGCGCGCGCCGGGCGACUCGACGUCGUCAAACUUCUUUUGAGCGAGGGCGCUUGCGUGAGCCACCAAGACUUUCACGGCGACACACCGCUGCACUGGGCGGCCCGUCGGGGCUGGAACAGCCUCGUCAUGCACAUGGUCCGCUUCACGGAGCAAGCGACGCCCGGCAGUGUCCAGCGUCUUCUCUCGAUCGAGAACUACCACGGGUACAUCUGCGUCGAGGUCGCGCCAACGUUGUACUUGUCGCAUGUGAUUCGGAAGGAGUUUGCGUUCGUCAUGACCGCGUCCCGGGACCAGCGGCGCGCGACGCGGCAGCACGGCCUCACGCGCCUGCGACGCGCGUCCAUGCACAUUGUGGCGCCCAAGAGUCUGCACCAUUCCAUGUCGAUGCACGACGUGGCGUUUGAAAAUGUCAUCGACGUCAAGGCCCAAGUGCUCCACGACCUCGCGCAACUCGGACUCAACCUCAACGCGUAUUCGUACUCGCGGGCGUAG